AUGGUUUCCCUUGAAGAUUCCCACUCUCAAUACCCCACUUCAAAUCGCUUCCCUUUAACGGCCUCUCCUUCCUCUUCCAAAAUCCACCGACACGUCGGCCGUUCCAUGCGCACUAUCCGUUCCACCAUCUUUCAGCCCAGCUCCAACUCCACGUCCUUCGCUUCGCUUCCGAACUGCUCAGCUGGUUCAACUCCGUUCGCGUCUGAAAACUUAACUGACUCUGUCAUCGACAUGCGACUCGGGGAACUCGCGACAGCCGUAAACAAUAAUAGCAAUAGCAAUUAUUUUAAGAAUAAGCUGUCAUCCUCACCGGCUAAAUCGGCUGAGGAGGAGUUUCUUGAUAUUUCAGAAGCUUUUUCUGAUUUUUCGGGUUGUAGUUCUGAUAUUUCUGGAGAACUACAACGUCUUGCAUGCUUGCCUGCGUCUCCAAUGCAUGACGGUGAGGUGGAAGGAUACGGGAAGAAGAACCCAUCAGCGGAAAUUGUAGCUGAGCCUUGUCAUGGGUUUUUACAGAGAGAAUCUUUUUCUACGGAAAUCAUUGAGAGUAUUUCUCCGGAAGAUCUUCAGCCAACGGUGAAGAUCUGUGUUGACGGUUUGCAGUCCCCGUCGAUUGCUGUGAAAAGAUCUGCUGCCGAGAAGUUGAGGUUUUUGGCGAAGAAUAGGGCGGAUAAUCGGGCCUUGAUAGGUGAAUCAGGGGCAAUUUCUGCUUUGAUUCCGCUACUUAAACAAAGUGAUCCGUGGGCGCAAGAACAUGCGGUGACAGCCUUGUUGAAUUUGUCUCUUUAUGAGGACAAUAAGAAGAAGAUUACGAAUUCUGGUGCGAUUAAGUCGUUUGUUUAUGUGCUUAAAACUGGGACUGAAAAUGCUAAGCAAAACGCGGCGUGUGCUCUGCUUAGUCUGGCUUUGCUUGAAGAGAACAAGAGCUCGAUUGGAGCUUGUGGAUCGAUACCACCAUUGGUUUCGCUGUUAAUCAAUGGUUCUAAUAGAGGGAAGAAAGAUGCAUUGACUACAUUGUAUAAGAUUUGUUCAAUAAAGCAGAAUAAAGAGAGGGCUGUGGUUGCUGGGGCAGUUAAGCCAUUGGUGGGCAUGGUGGUGGAGGCAGGGGCAGGGAUGAUGGCGGAGAAGGCAAUGGUGGUGUUGAGUAGUUUGGCAGCGAUUGAAGAAGGGAGAGAAGCUAUUGUCGAAGAAGGCGGUAUUGCUGCACUUGUUGAGGCUAUUGAAGAUGGUUCUGUUAAAGGGAAAGAAUUUGCUGUUGUCACUUUGUUGCAGUUGUGCAGUGAUAGUGUUAGAAAUCGUGGGUUGCUUGUUAGAGAAGGUGCGAUUCCUCCUCUCGUUGCGCUUUCGCAAAAUGGGAGCAUUCGAUCCAAGCAUAAGGCUGAGAGGCUACUUGGGUACUUGAGAGAACCAAGGCAAGAGGCUGCUGCUUCAUCUUCAAGUCCUUAA